AUGCAGCUAUAUCUGAUCCGCCAUGCCGAAACAGUGCAUAAUGUUGGCAAAGUCCUGGCGGGCACCACCGACUCGGCACUGACCAGCCAUGGAAUGGCUCAAAUCAAUUGCCUUGCUCGGCAUUUUGUCUCCAAUUCAACGAGAUUUACCACGGCAUAUUCUUCAGACUUGAGUCGAGCAAGAAUCACAGCUGAGGGGGUUUGCCAUGCACAGGCAUCACUCGGUGAAACACCCUUGCAACCAAUAUUGACUCAGAGUUUGAGAGAGAAGGAUUAUGGAUCAAUGGAAGGCCGCUUUUGGAAAGAUCCUCCUCCAUCACCGAGACCCCGUGACUGGGUCAUCCCUGAGUCAAAAGAGUCGAUGAGAAAAAGGGUUAAAGCUUUUUUCGACCAACACCUGCUCCCACUACUGAUACAAGAUUCACACGGCGAACAAAAAAUUGCAGUCGUUGCCCACGGCAUCAUUCUCCAAGAGCUAUGGACGUAUUUUAUCGAGAUUUUCAAUCCGCCGGAUGCCAACAUGCAUAGAAAACCUGUCUGGUCAAACACUGGCUACACGACGAUACUGAUAACCCCAAACGCGACUGAAGGGGCCAUGUCGCCUACUCUUAUGACAGGCUUUCAAUUUGUUGUUCGCAGUAUUGACGACAAGAAACAUCUCGCCAAUCUCCAUCGCACUAGAGGGGGCGUUGGAACCGCCGCGCAUGAUGUGAAGCAAAGAAAGAUUGAUCAAUUUUUCCGAUAA